CGAAUUUGUUUUAUUAUCUCAAUUCUUACUUCCCUCACGAACCAAAACCCUCCAAGCGCUUUGAUCAAACCCCCCAUCAAACACCAUGGCUACCACCGACAGGAUCACUUUCCUUACCAAUUGGCACGCAACCCCUUACCAUGCCCCUCUCUACCUUGCCCACUCCAAGGGUUUCUUCAAGGAGGAGGGUGUCAAGGUCGCCAUCACCGAGCCCAACGACCCCAGCGAUGUCACUGAGCUCAUCGGCACCGGCAAGGCCGACAUGGGCUUCAAGGCUAUGAUCCACACUCUGGCCGCCAAAGCCCGUGGCUACCCCGUCAUCUCCGUCGGCUCUCUCCUCGACGAGCCCUUCACCGGUGUCAUCUACCUCAAGUCCAGCGGUAUCACCGAGGACUUCACCUCCCUCAAGGGCAAGCGUAUCGGCUACGUCGGCGAGUUCGGCAAGAUCCAGAUUGACGAGCUGACCAAGUCCUACGGCAUGAGCCCGUCGGACUACACUGCCGUUCGCUGCGGCAUGAACGUCUCCAAGGCCAUCAUGAAGGGCGAGAUCGAUGCUGGUAUCGGUCUGGAGAACGUCCAGAUGGUCGAGCUCGAGGAGUGGCUUGGCUCUCAGGGCCGCCCCAAGGACGACGUCCAGAUGCUCCGCAUCGACAAGCUCGCCGCUUUGGGCUGCUGCUGCUUCUGCACUAUCUUGUACAUUGGCAACGAGCAGUUCAUCAGCGAGAACCAGGGCGCUGUCCAGAAGUUCAUGCGUGCCAUCAAGAAGGCCACCGACUUCGUCUUGGCCAACCCCGGCCAGGCUUACGAGGAGUACAUUGAUGUUAAGCCCAUCAUGAACACUCCUGUCAACCGCAAGAUCUUUGAGCGUUCUUUCGCCUACUUCUCCAGCGACGUCAAGAACGUCAAGCGUGACUGGAGCAAGGUCACCAACUACUCCAAGCGUCUCGGCAUCAUCUCCCAGGACUUUGAGCCCAACUACACCAACGGCUUCCUCGGCUGGGACCUCGAUGCUGAGUCCAACGACCCCAUGGGUGACCAGCAGCGCAUGGCCGCCCUCCAGAAGGAGGUCGCUGCCAAGGGUGGCUACCACCGUAUCUCUGUCGGCACUGCUUAAAUGCAAUAUGUCGAUAGGGGUACUCACCUGCCGCUAGUUAGAGAUUUCUAGUGGAGUGUCAUGAGAAGUCAUUAGAUAUUACGCUUUG